CAGCAAUGGCCGCCGGUGGCGCAGUGGUGCGCCGCGAGUGACAGAUACGCGACGGUUCGCUCGAGCGCUGCAUCAUCAUCCCCGGGGUGUCUCCGCGCGGGUCUCGCGCGUGUGAUAGGAAUGCUCGUGCCCAUCUGAGAGGUAGCAGCUGAGAGAAAGAGAGGGAGAAUUGAAAGUGUGCGUGUGCGUCGUGAGUGUACGCGCGCGAGGGUAAGAGAGAGAGAGAGACAGAGAAGGGAGAAAAGAUAGGGUGAGAGCGAGCGCGGUGCGGCAACCCGCCACUGUCCCCGGCGCCGGUGGGAUGAUCAAGGAUAUGGCGGACGAUGAGGCCAUACAGGCCACCAACGACGACGCCAGCGAGUGCAAGCGUUACGCGGUGCAGCUCGGCUACUGGUGCGACCCGUUCAUCAGCCUGUUCGUCAAGCAGACCGCCCGGAAGGCGCCCGAGAUCAAUCGCGGCUACUACGCCAGAGUCAAGGGCAUCGAGCUCUUCGUCGAGAAGUUCCUCAAGCUUUCCGGCGGUAAAGGUCAGAUCAUAAACUUGGGUGCUGGUUUUGACACUCUUUAUUGGAGACUCAGGGAGGCAGGGAACAGCCCCGGGAACUUCGUGGAGCUCGACUUUCCCAGCAUAACCGCGAAGAAAUGUUAUCACAUCAAGAAGCACAAGCAAUUAAUCGAUAUGCUAAACACCGAAGACGGAGAAAUCCGAUUUUCGACCACCGACCUGCACGCGGCGAACUAUCAUCUGGUUGGUACAGAUCUGCGACACAUAGCGGAGCUAAAUAACAAAUUGGCCCAGGCCGAAGUCAAUUUCAAUUUACCUACUAUGUUCCUCGCAGAAUGUGUUCUAGUGUACGUAGACGCUAGCGCAACCUCGUCGCUAUUGAAAUGGCUGGCGGGCAAGUUCCCGAACAGCCUUUUCGUCAGCUACGAACAGGUGAACAUGAAGGACAAAUUCGGCCAGGUCAUGCUGUCGAACCUCCGCAGCCGUGGGUGCUUAUUAGCGGGCGUGGAGGACUGCGAGUCGUUAGAGACUCAACAGAGACGCUUUACCAUAAACAAUUGGGAGGGCACGUGCGCGUGGACGAUGGUGGAUGUUUAUGAUUCACUGCCUGUAAUGGAUCGUAGUCGAAUCGAGCAUAUAGAGAUGCUGGACGAACGAGAGCUCCUCACCCAGCUGCUCCAGCACUACUGCAUCGCCGUCGCUUGGAACGGACAAACGUUUAAAAAUCUGUCUAUAGCACAGGGUUAGGCGUAUCCGCCGCCUGACUCCCUUCUCUCUGUGUCUCCCUCGCGAGUUACUCCAGGUAAUGACGUCAUGUAAUUAACGGGCUCGGCGCGAGCCCUCGUAAGGUUACGUAAUACGAUUCCCCCCUCCCCCCUCCCCUUCCGAUCGAGCAGCGGAAGUUUUAACAAUUUUCUCAGAUUUGCGCUUAAGUACACAUCUCGAUUAAUCGACAAGUCGAGAGAUAGUCCACGGGGGAAAUAGUGUCCUCGAGAUUAAAAAUGCUUCUACCGUUUCGUCCACAGAAACAUCUCGUCGUAAUCAUUUUUAUAAUAAGCUUCUCGAGUAUAUUCCUCGUUUUUUUCUUAUUGUAACGCGUCACGAGUCAUUUAAACGAGCACACUGCAACGAGAGAGAGAGGGAGAUUUUGCGAUUGCGACGAAUCGAAUCGUGCGAGAUACGUACGCGAAAUAGCUGAAUACGAACGGCGGUCGGACAAGUUCUGGCGUCCUUUCGCAGACGAAUAUUUCCAGUCAUUCUAAUUUAGCGACGUAUCUGAAUUAAUAAUGUGUGAUGUAUAAACGAUUCUACUCCUUGCAAAAAAUCGUCUCGCUCUUCAUUACAGAUUUGUGUAUAAAGUUUUACGGUCGUUAUUAUAAUUAUUAUAUAGAUCGCUGUUGUUGUAUAGUUGCGGCGCAGUGCGCAGAGUAAUUUAUUAUAUUACGAAAUAUUAUCAUUGAGGAUCCAACAAUUUGAUUUAUCACGUUUUCACCAUCUCGCUUGUUAUCCGAGUAUUAUAAUUUUUUUUUGUUUUAAUAAACAAAAGUUGUAGAGCCCGUGUUGGUUGUGAAGAGAAUAAUUUCGUGCAAAGAUCCUGCAAUAAGCCUGCUCUUUUUAUCUGCGUUCUUCUACGAUUUUCGCGCGUAAAUUUUCGCUGUGCAGGUAGAGAAAAAAGUCUCUCCGACGAGGGAAAAAAAGGCUAGAAAGACGUAGUGGAAAGUACAGCUAAAAAGGCGCGGAUCUAUAUUUUUAAUCCAUUCGCCGCAAAUACAGAGAUAUUUUUCUGGAAAAAAAAAAAAAACAUUCGUACAUAGAACUUCGAUUCUACAGAAAGUCUUAAUACAUAUAUUAACGAUA